AACAAUAAUCAGCUGAAAGAAAAAGGGAAUAGGGCUCAACCUGGAAAAUUAUAACCAAAACACCAUCACUGAUUCUUCGGUUGUUCGGUGACAGAUCUCUCUCACUGCGCAAACUCCUUUCGUUUCCAUGGCUUCAGCGCUGCAGAAACUGCUUCGAAAACCACCAUUACUACCCUUUAAAUUUAUUUCUGCCGUUAACCCUUCUUCUCACCUCCAAAACCCUAUUCUCCCUGUUCCCUCACAGUGUCACCCUCAACCCUCUCCCACAAGCCCGAAUACGCAGCAAUUCGAUGCCCCCACCGUGAUCUUUCCCAGUUUUCCUUUUGGGUUUUUCCCAAAACCCGAUUUUGAAAGUGGGUUUCGUACCCUGGAUGAUGGGGUGGAAGAAGAUUCCGGAACCAUGUGGGCCGACAGCGUGAAGAAGAAGCGGAAGCGGAAGAUGAACAAGCACAAGUACCAGAAGCUGAGGAAGCGCUUGAGGAAACAGAGUUAGAAGGUGAGGGUUCAAUGGUUUUGAUGCCCAACAGGAAAAAAAGAAAAACUUUGGACUUUAUCAAUUCAUUUUCUUUAUUUUAUUUUAGUGAAAGAGUGAGGGUGUCUUUCUUUCAAUUAGUUUGUAGUGAGAGGAGAGUUGAAGGGGAAGAAGAGGUGUUUAAAGUUCUAUGACAAUUAGUUGGAGUCCAAUUGUUUUGGAUUUCUCUUUUAUGAUUUUUGGUUAGUUUAAAUGUUGCUAUUGGACUUUAUUUGAUACAUCCCUAGGUUAUGAUAAAUAAUGCAUGCGAUGACACUCUAAGAACAAA